AUGAGUCUUACGGAGCAGAAGGCCUAUCGAGAUAAGCGAGACAAGCGCAAGACCAAGGUUGCUGACAGCCAGAAGAAAGCACGCGACAAGGAAUGGAGACUAGUUUUAGCGUACAUACUGGAGUAUGGGUUCCAAACCGAGAUGGCCAACUCCAGAGAUGACAUGAAGCUCUUGCACACCGCCGUUUAUUGGCGAAGGCUUGACGAUGCAAACAAGGCCAAGUUUCGAGCUCUCCGUCAGAUGAAAGCUGAUGUAGCGGCUGGUCUAGUAGAGCAGGACGAACUGGACUGGCAACAAGAGUUUGCCCCGGCUUCUCUGUAUCGCCCUUUCACUGAACGAGAGGAGACUCGGUUCUUGAGGGGCUUGAUACCAUUUGAGGCACAGUUCAAGAAGAAAGCCAAGGUUGACGACCAAGAAGAGGGAACCAAGACCGCUGAAACUGCGGAGCAACGUGGAAUGGAUAGCACGGUGCAUGGUGACGAUGCAGACUCCGACUCAUCACAUGGCUCAGAGAGCGGCUCGUCUGAGUCGGAGGAUUCUGUCCAUGGCUAUAGACUACUGCAUGUCUACUUGACGCACUCGAAGCUUAAGAAAGCAGAGAAAGCAAAGAAAGAUGCUAUCAAGAAACUUGAAAAGGAGAAGGAUUUCGCAAAGGCUGCUGCCGAUAGCCUGUUAUCUGCGACCUUGUGGUUCGAGCUGGACCAUUACGAGGCUGCGCGUUGGCAGAAGGAUCCCAACUCAGAUCCGUUCACGACAGCUGGGCAGAAGAAGACAAUGAUCGCAGCUGGUUCGAAGAGAAAGCAAAGAGAAGGCGUCGAGAAGCACGGACAUGAGCGAGAGGAAGAUAAUAACGAGAUUGAUGAGGAGUACGGCGAUGAGUAG